AUGUGGCGACGACAGUGCGUCGACGCCCUCCGCCGCGCGGUAUCCCACGGAUAUGCGGGCUCCAAGGGGGCGCUCCUCCCCCUCGCGCGUCAGCAUCACAGGGCGUGGGUGCACAACGCCGCGGGCAGCACCGGCUUUUACCUGGACAAGACCAAGUACAUCGUCAACGCGUACGGCCCCGACCGCCCCGGCCUCGUCUCGGCUUUGGCGAAAGCCCUCGUGGACGCCAAGGGGAACAUUGAGACCACGCGGAUGGCCCGUCUCGGCGACGAGUGCAACAUCACCAUGCUCGUGUCCUUCACGGAGCAGACCAAGGAAGAGGCGGAGGCGUUUGAGCGAGCCGCCGGGGAGAUCCCGGGCCUGCGGGGCACCGUCCGCAGGACGCGGACCAGGCACAGGCGCGACGAGGAGGAGGUGGACCGAUCGCGGUGGCGGCGCAUAUUCCUUCAGGGGCCCGAUUUCCCGGGCUUGGUCUAUCAGAUGACCAACUACCUGGCGUCCGAGGGUAUAAACGUCGAGACUUUAAAUACCGACACGCAGCCGGCGCCGUUUGGCGACGAGGACCUGUUCACGAUUGACGCCGUGAUCGAGAUCGGACCGGACACGAGCCUGGUGCGGUUCAAGAAGAGCAUAGAGCGCCUGGAGAAGAAGCUCGGGGUGGACAUCGUGGUAUCCGACCACGAACGCGUCGACGACGAGUAG